AUGUUGACAGCUUUUCAACGAAAUUCAUUUUUUCAAUCAAAUAUUGAAAAUAAUACCUCCUCCCCUCCUCCGCCUGCUACAAUUAAAAAUGAUUUAAUUACAAAUUCUAAAAAUCCUUCUAAAGAAUUAAUUGAUUCUAAUCAACAUAAAAUAAUUAAUUGGCUUAAAAUAGAAGUGGAAUUGGAGGAGGAAUUAGCUGUUAGAAUUGGAUAUUUGUUAAUUAAUAAUGGAUUCGAUUGUUUUGAAUUUUUGAAAGGCUCUUUAAAUACAAAAUUUAUGACAGAACUUGGAAUUGAAAGAAAAUCUCAAUUACGUAUAUGUCGGUGUUUGGAUGAACCUUCCACACAAAUAAUUUGUAUUCCCAAUGCAUUAAUGUUCGAUUCAAUUUCCGAUUGGCUAAAGGCUCUUAAUUUGUCUGAAUUAUUUUCUAAAUUCUCAAAAGAAAAUAUUACCUCAAUUAAAGAUUUAAUUAAUUUUAAAUUAAAUAGAAAUAAUUUGGAGAAAUUAGGAAUAACAAAAUUGGGGCAUAUUGCAAGAAUAAUUAGAUCAAUUGACAUGGCUGUUACCUCGAAUGUUAAUGUUUCCAAGGAAGGAGCUAGCAACACUACUAAUUCAAUUUCAACAUCAUUAUUACCUUCUGAUAAUAAAUUAAAUAAUAAUUUAUCAGAAUUAAAUGCCACCACUUCAUUAAGUACAAUAUCUUCGAGUACUACUAACAAUUCAAUAACUUCCUCUCGAGGGAUUUCUCUUUCCCCUUCAAAAGGAUUGGAUUUAACAACCCUUAGAAUUAAAUUAAGAAAAGGUUGUGUCAGGUUUUCUGCUCAUUAUCUUGGAUCUAUUGAAAUUUCGAAUAUUUCUGAUGGAAGUGAAGAAUGUAGACAAACAAUGCAUUCAAUUAAGUCUAAAGCCAACCAAGUUUCUGGAGUACCUCAAGUUCUGUUAGAUAUUUCAAUCUCUGGUAUUAACAUUCUUGAUUGCCAAACACAAACAGCAAUUCAUCGCCAUUCAAUUAAUCAAAUACAAAUUGUUUGCCAAGACAAUUUGGAUUUAAAUUUCUUUUCGUAUAUUUUUAAAGAUGGGGAAGAACAAAAUAAUUAUUAUUGUCAUUGUUUUUGUGUUUUAACAUCUUUACUAGCAAAAGAAAUAAUUACAACACUUGGAGAAGCCUUUAAUUUAGCUUAUAAAAUGGCUUUGCAACAAAAUAUACCUACAAAUAUUUAA